GCUGGGCGCGGACGCGGGCCCCGAGGGCGCGGGCCGAGCGGCAGGUGCGCGGCGCGGACUACAAGUCCCAGCAUGCCCAGCUACCCUGACCCGGCCCCCGCUGCCACUUAAAAGCUUCGGGAGCCGCAGCCGUCGGGUCGCCGCGGCUUUCGCUUUGCAGCCGCGGCUGGGCGAGCGGGAGCGGCGGGCUUGGCGGCCGGCAGUCCUAGCGUCCGGGCUCCGGCUGCGCCGAGGGGCGCUCUUCGUUCGGCCCUCCCCGCGCGCGGAAUCCCUCCCGAGGCGCCCGCGCCCCCGGGCUCCCCGCCUCGCCCACCCCGCGGCCCCGAUGCCGAGGCAUGGAUAGAGCGGCGCUGCGCGCGGCGGCGAUGGGAGAGAAGAAGGAGGGCCGCGGCGGGGGGGACGCGGCGGCCGCGGACGGGGGCCCCGGGGCCGCGGCCAGUCGGGCGCUGCAGCAGUGCGGGCAGCUCCAGAAGCUCAUCGACAUCUCCAUCGGCAGCCUGCGCGGGCUGCGCACCAAGUGCGCCGUGUCCAACGACCUCACCCAGCAGGAGAUCCGGACCCUGGAGGCGAAGCUGGUUCGGUACAUUUGCAAGCAGCAGCAAUGCAAGCUGAGUGUGGCUCCUGGCGAGAGGACCUCAGAACUCAACAGCUACCCUCGCUUCAGUGACUGGCUGUGUACCUUCAAUGUGAGGCCAGAGGUGGUGCAGGAGAUCCUCAGCGAGCUCACACUGGAUGCCCUGCUGGACAUGAACGAGGUCAAGGUGAAGGAGACGCUGCGGCGCUACGGGGCCAACGCCGAGGAGUGUGGCCGCCUGCAGUACGCCCUCGCCUGCCUGCGGAAAGUGACAGGUCUGGGAGGGGAGCACAAAGAUGACUCAGGCUGGAGUUCAUUGGACGCCCGGCGGGAAAGUGGCUCGGGGCCUUCCGCGGACACCCUCCCGCCAGCCGGCCCGCCCUGGCCCCCAGGGAGCACCCAGCUGGGCAGAAUGGGCAGCGGUGCCCAGGGCCCACGCUCCAUCUCCGUGUCGGCUCUGCCCACCUCGGACUCCCCGACCCCAGGCCCCUGCGAGGGCCUCGCGGACACCUGUAUCCCCCUGCACGCCAGCGGCCGGCUGACCCCCCGCGCCCUGCACAGCUUCAUCACCCCACCGACCACGCCCCAGCUGCGAAGGCACACCAAGCUGAAGCCACCGCGGACGCCGCCCCCGCCCAGCCGCAAGGUCUUUCAGCUGCUGCCCAGCUUCCCCACGCUCACCCGGAGCAAGUCCCAUGAGUCUCAGCUGGGGAACCGCAUUGACGAGGUCUCCUCAAUGAGGUUUGAUCUCCCGUACGGAUCCCCACAGAUGGUACGAAGGGACAUCGGGCUGUCAGUGACUCACAGGUUCUCCACCAAGUCUUGGCUGUCGCAGGUCUGCCACGUGUGCCAGAAGAGCAUGAUGUUUGGAGUGAAAUGCAAGCAUUGCAGAUUGAAGUGUCACAACAAGUGUACGAAAGAAGCCCCUGCCUGUAGAAUAUCCUUCCUUCCACAACCUAGGCUUCGGAGGACAGAAUCUGUCCCCUCGGACAUCAACAACCCGGUGGACAGAGCAGCUGAGCCCCAUUUCGGAACCCUCCCCAAAGCACUGACAAAGAAGGAGCACCCUCCAGCCAUGAACCACCUGGACUCCAGCAGCAACCCGUCCUCCACCACGUCCUCCACGCCCUCCUCGCCGGCACCCUUCCCGACAUCGUCCAAUCCAUCCAGUGCCACGACGCCCCCCAACCCGUCUCCCGGCCAGCGGGACAGCAGGUUCAACUUCCCAGCUGCCUACUUCAUUCAUCAUAGACAACAGUUUAUCUUUCCAGACAUUUCCGCAUUUCCGCAGGCGGCCCCGUCCCCUGAGGCAGCAGACAGUACCCGGCUCGACAACCAGCCAAAAGCAGACAUGUUGGAGGAUCAUGAAGGGGAGGUCGAGGAGACAGAGGCCGGCAAGUCAGAGGCCGAGGACGACGAGGACGAGGUGGACGACUUGCCGAGCUCCCGCCGGCUGUGGCGGGGCCCCAUCUCUCGCAAGGCCAGCCAGACUAGCGUGUACCUGCAGGAGUGGGACAUCCCCUUUGAGCAGGUGGAGCUGGGCGAGCCCAUCGGGCAGGGCCGCUGGGGCCGCGUGCACCGAGGCCGCUGGCACGGCGAGGUGGCCAUCCGCCUGCUGGAGAUGGACGGCCACAACCAGGACCACCUGAAGCUGUUCAAGAAAGAGGUGAUGAACUACCGGCAGACGCGGCAUGAGAACGUGGUGCUCUUCAUGGGGGCCUGCAUGAACCCACCCCAUCUGGCCAUCAUCACCAGCUUCUGCAAGGGGCGGACAUUGCACUCAUUUGUGAGGGACCCCAAGACGUCUCUGGACAUCAACAAGACCAGACAGAUUGCUCAGGAGAUCAUCAAGGGCAUGGGAUAUCUACAUGCCAAGGGCAUUGUGCACAAAGAUCUCAAAUCCAAGAACGUCUUCUAUGACAACGGCAAAGUGGUCAUCACAGACUUCGGGCUGUUUGGGAUCUCGGGCGUGGUCCGAGAGGGACGGCGUGAGAACCAGCUGAAGCUGUCACAUGACUGGCUGUGCUACUUGGCCCCGGAGAUUGUCCGCGAGAUGACCCCCGGGAAGGACGAGGACCAGCUGCCAUUCUCCAAAGCUGCUGACGUCUAUGCAUUUGGGACUGUUUGGUAUGAACUUCAAGCAAGAGACUGGCCCUUUAAGAACCAAGCUGCAGAGGCCUUGAUCUGGCAGAUUGGAAGUGGAGAGGGAAUGAAGCGCGUCCUGGCCUCCGUCAGCCUGGGGAAGGAAGUCACUGAAAUCCUGUCUGCCUGCUGGGCUUUCGACCUGCAGGAGAGGCCCAGCUUCACCUUGCUGAUGGACAUGCUGGAGAAACUGCCCAAGCUGAACCGGCGGCUCUCCCACCCCGGCCACUUCUGGAAGUCCGCUGAGUUGUAGGCCUGGCUGCCUUGCAUGCACUCGGGGCUUUCUUCCUCCUAAUCGACCCGUGGCACCGUGACUUCUGCUCAAGCGCAAACUGAGAUGCGGGCACUAACCCAGGGGAUGCGAUCUCUGCUGCUCCGAGCGUCUCUCCCGAGACUUCUUCUCUCGCUUUGUUUUUGAAACUGACCCCCACCCCUCUCCACGGCCUAUGUGUGCCUGAGUAACCGCUGCCCACGAGGAUCCCCUAACAGAAUUGCCUCCCGGAUGGGACUUCAUUGUCUAACUCUUCUUCUGUGGGGCGGCACUGUUUGUGUUUGGGUGGUGCUGUCUCCCUACUAACACCUCAGCGAGAUUCGUGCCCCCCUGAGCACCUCGGCCUCCCGCCGGCUGUACUGCUCCCACAGCACAGCGGAGAGGUUUGGCUUGGCUGCUGAGCCGCAGAGAUCUUGUCCAGCAAGGAACGGGAGGAUUUCAGAGCUGCCGAAGGCCAGGCCCCCCCUGGAGGGCCGGGGGGUGGUGGACACCAAAAGUCCUGUUGCCGUGAAAGACACUAGCCUGCCAGGGCUUUGUCCUCAGCGGCGCGCUUAGGAAAGUUGUCCUAAAACAAAGCGGGGGGUGGGGGAGGGCUGUCGCCAGACGAUUUCACUGAUGAGAACAAAGCUUUUGCCCCCCGGUCCCCACGAUGUUAACUCCCUUUACAUCCGCCCAGUGCGGACAGAAAGUACCAGGCCCCAGGUCAGCGUUCAUCAAGAGUGUGGCUGAGAGGCCACACACACUCGCUGUGCCGCUUACCAAAUUCACAUUCCUGGGGUCCCUCCCACAACUGAGCCCAGGUCUCCGGAGGUGGGCCCUGAGAAUCUGCAUUUCAGCUUGCUUCCCACGUGGUCUCUGACGCCUGGGGACCUUGUCCGAAAGGAGUGUGGGAUGUCCCUCUCGGUACUUGGGGACAGGUUUCUCUCUCCUCCCGCUUGUGCUCGGAGCAGAGCUCUGCUGGGCUGCAGGUGAGAAAGUAGUUUGGACAAGGCCACGGCAGUGACUGGUGCUGAGGACUCGGAGACUAACGAGCCCACUGCCCCCACCCCCACCCCCACCCCGGGAGGGUGUGUGGCCAAGUCUUAGCACCCCGGCCACGUGUGGCCAGGAGCAGCUCAGCCGAGGCCGUUGGCAUGCAGUCACUCUCGCUUCUUGCUGGGGCCGGGUCCUCCGCGGAGCUUCUGAGACUGACCUAGCUAACACCGCCCCACUUCUAAUGGAGACCAGCGUGGCCGUAACCCUUCUUUUUGUUCCUCUUUGCAGCAUUAACAGCAGCAAAGUUGUACCCCGGUUCGAAAGGUUUGGCUUGGGUGUCCUGGAGCCCAGUAAUCCAAAGAUGUAGCCAACUUGUGCACUUUUUCUGCCGAUUUCUUUCUCUCUUAAACGCGGUCCUGAAACAUCCCAAUGACCGCCAACGACAGAAACGAAAACCCUCUCCAAGACAUCGGUCCACCCUCCCAAGUGCCGCAACCCAGGAACGCGACUCAUCGAUUCAGACCUUUCGUCCACGGAAACACCCGGGCUGGCAAUGGAGCUGCACCUGCUGUUUGUCUUAAAGUGACAUCACCAACAACCAGACCCGCCCUGACAGGCAGCAAACGUUUACAUAUACGCCCCUGUGGAGUGAGCUCGCUGUUUUACAACAGGUACUAAGAAAAAAUGCUCUGCAGAAGUGGGCUGGCACCACCUGCCAGGCUGGUGGAAGCGACCCCCACCCCCAGCCCCGGAGGCCCCUGUCGGCAGCGAGAAGGAAGAAAAGCACGGUGACGGUGGCUGUUCUCGGGGUAGGAUGGGGACCACAAGGUUCCACCUGGACUCUGCUUUGGCCCUAAACCCCAUCCGUGGGGAAUCUCCCUCUGUAGGGUUCUCCCCCGUCCUACCGGAAGGACACUGUCCCUUUUUCCUCUGGCAGAGGAAACCCUGGCUAGGAACCAAGCUGGAUUAUGAGGGUCAGGGGUUCCCAGCGAGCUGGGGUUCUCACUCGGCCCCAGGGAUCCAGCCCCUACCUGCCAGAAAAGUAGAGACGGCUGAAACCCAAAUAACAUCUGGGCUGACCCAGUGGUUGGUAGCCAGGGUUUGUACGGCCUGUAGAGAGCUUUCCUUCUCGCGGCUUCCAGGAAGGCAGACGCUGAGGAGCUGGGACUCAUCCGUGUCCCUGGCUCACAUCUGAGCGAAGAGGCUAAGAGUGAAGGCCCAGCCCCACAGCUGUGGACACCACGAAGGCUUGAUUGGUGAGAAGAAAGAAGGUAGGGGGAGAGAGAAGUGGCAGGCAGUAGGGUCCCUGAGCCCACCCUCCCAGCCACAGGGUGACCUGGCUCUUUGGGAGCCCGUCAGCAGUCAUGCCAAGGUUCGGAACUGCCCACCUCUUCUCCCCCAGCCCUUUUCGAAGUCCUUGCCACUCCUGACUCUUCCCCUGCCCGCGUCUGAGUUCUCGGCUGGGACGGGAGGCCCGUGCCCCCCACGCCUUUCAUCUGGACCCACCCGGCCCCCAGUCUUCAGAGCCUUCCGUGAACCGAGUCCGGGCCACUUGCGUACAUUUGCGCCAGAAGGAGGGGCUUGACUGGGGAAAGUCGGUGACGUGAGAGCAUCCUGUCUGUCUUCGUCAGAAGCCGUCACCUAAAGAGAAAAGUUCCAAACGGGAGAGUAGCCUUCAGUGGACGUUAUGCCAUGUUAGGCCCCAAACCAGAACUGACCAAGGGUGACGAGGGUGGAGACGUGGUUGGAUUCAGACCCAGAACCUGUGUCCAUGCUCUGAGCCAAGACGGGGAGGUGUGUGGGCCACCCAUCCCUUUCGUUUAGACUCCCCCAGCAAAGCUCCCAAUCUUCAAUCUUCAGAGCCUUCCCUGGAGUCUGGCCACAAUGUCCUGGGAAGUAGGCCGCGGCCUCAAAGUCGUAGGGCCACCUUCCUGUCUCUGGGUCACAUGCCCCCCGGCCCGACCCACACUCGCUUGGAGAGCGCAGCUGUGCAGCUGGGCAAGGUAUCCAGGCUCCCGUCCCCCAUGAGCGCCCCAGACCCGAGCUCCUUUCCCUUCCUGGUCGGGGAAGACAGGAGCUGACACCCAGCUCGAGUCAGCCCCGGGUGGCUCUUUCCCUCCUCCGUGAGACUGCUGGUCUCAUCCUGUCAUCCCUUGGCCUCCCCCCCCUCCGUGGGCGUCACGCCUGCAGGUCAGUUCAAGAAGCUUUCGUCGAAUACCUACGGUGUCUUAUGCAAGUUCAGGGACCCACGAUGGGAGCCGUCACAGUCCCUGCCCUUAAGGAAUUGACACUUUGCCAGGAACCCUGAAGGAGAGCCGAAGGCCUGGGGGACACCCCCUUCGUCUUCAGGGCCCUGGACGGCCCCCCAGCUCUUGGCCUAGCUUCUGUGCUGCCGGUCAUUUAAAAAAAAAAAACGAACGUGGUCCCCUUCUCCUUCCGUCUCUUUAAGUGACUGUGAAUUGAGGUUGGGAACACGUGCUUGCCCUUCUGUGUGCUCUCCCCAUCUGCCAUGGAAACACACGAAGGACGGCAGAUACUGUGAAUUCAGCCCUCACGGCCAGCCGUGAAGGGGACGGAGAAGCUGGGAGGGCCUCCUUGCCGAGAGCUCUGGGGGCUGCGGAGUCCCCAGCGGGGUCUGAGAGUGGAGCCCAAGCUUUGGUCCUUCUUUACAGCAGGCCCCCAGUCCCCAACGUCCCCUCCCAAACCCUAGGGCCCAUGUCCCCGCUGCCUUUAUUCCCCCAAGCCGCAGUCCCUGGGUCUCCAUCCAACUCGAGAUCCCGAAUCCUAGCAAGCUCCCCGUUAGUCGAGGGCAGUGUAGCGAUGUUGACCUCUCUCGCGUCACCAAAUCCGCGCAGGGCGCUGGAAUCCUGCCCCGUCGUGGCCUUUCUUCUUGUGAUCACAGGGGGCAGCUGUGCACCCUGUAAGCCUGUAUUGCCGUGGUUCUGUGUUGAUUUGGGGGGCGGGGGGGACGGGGUGGAAACACAAAUGUGAAGCCAUUUAGGGAGCUCGUACGAUGCUGCAGUGUUCGCCAGGAUUUCAUCAGUGUGUGUAAAGCCAGCGUCUUCCGUGGCCACAGGCACACGCCUGCUUUUUUUUGAAUGUGAUGUAAAAUUUGUACAGUAAAAGUUUUUAUAUUUUCUAUCAACCGCAUUUGUCUUCCAGAAAUGCUAUUAAUUUAAAUUAAAACGGUUAGUAUUCAUGAACGUGCUGUUAGCAGUUUUUUGCCGCUGGCAAGAACACAUCCUUUGUGCCAGGCCAAGCCUGGGUGUCUGGAGUUUGUGAAUAAAAUUGUACCAAGGUG